UCAGCUUAUAUGUAGCUUUAGCUUAUAUGUUUAGUGACUAUACCGACUUAAAUAUCUUCUUUUUAUGAUUCAAUAAUUUAAGACUCUUGCAUUAUUUGCAUUCACAGUAAGAAUUUGAGUCUCGCUAAAUCAGUGGCGAAAAAAAGCGCAAGACCCCAAGAUCCAGGUUUGUGAGUUAACUGAAUUUGCGGAAUGUCUCGGAAGAAAACCUCAAUGAAAUCCUUGUCCUUGGUCGAUCUUCCCGCUAUAGUUCUAGAAAAUAUUUUCCAAUUAAUUGUAGAUCGAGAAAAUCUGUCUAAAAAUGGUUUCAGCAUGUCGAUGAUUUCAAUCAGAGACUUGAUAAGUUUACGGCGUACGUGCAAAUUAAUCUGCAGAUUAGUUGAUGAUGCAUUAAUACUGAUUAGAAAGUUAUUUAUUAGCCUUGACAAAACGCCAUUGAACGAAGAGAAAAACUCGCUAAUGAUUCAAAACGCGUUGAGAUUUAUAAAGCAAAAAACGAAUUGGACGUUCAGAGACAUCGAGAUCAAAUUUGGACGUCAGAUUAACGAGGAAAAGAUCACGCAUCUAGCUGAUAUUUUUGAACAAGGUCCUGGAACUCUAAUAAGCCCCAGAAGGUCGCGAUUACUGUUGCCUGUGUUAGAUUUCAACUCAAAUGAUUUUGAUUUCAACCUGUUUGCUAAUCAUUUCAAAAUAUUGUCUUUUUUUCAAGCUCGAAAAAUCAAUUCCGUCAACUUAAAUUUUCAAAUUGAUAGAAAAUUCUUGAAGUCAAGUAAGAGUUCCGAAAACCAAAUCAGUCUAAAACUCCUCCUUUUCCUGGACUGCAUAAUAAACCCAGGCUUCGUGGGACUGAAAAACCUCUUUUUUAGUGCUGCUACUCUCGAUAUGAAGUGUUUAGUUAACUUAACAAAAAUGAGAGACCUAGCCGAUAUUGAUUGCCAGUUAUUGAUUCCAUCAGCCGAGGAGUUAGCUCAUCAAAUGAACCUGAGUGGCUUAACCAUCAGCGAGCCCUUGCUGGUGUCAUCGAAGAGUUUUUUGGCAAAUGUAAAAAACAUGACCCGUUUAAACUGGCCGCUAAAUAUAUCAUCGACCAAUUUAAGGGUGGAUCUGAAAUUACUCUCUCAUUUAAAUAUCAGCGAAAGAUUAGAGAUAACAGCGACGCGGUUUUCUGCAAAUCUAGACCACCUAACUCAUCUGCGCAUCAGCGAACCAUUAAAAAUAAACUCAGAUUUCUUUGUGGCAAAUCUAGAAAGACUUUCUCAUUUAAGUAUCAGCGGGUCAUUAAAGAUUAAUUCAGCCGAUCUUUUCACGAAUCUGACAGUCACGACUCAUUUGAACAUCUGCGGGCCUCUAGAGAUAAAAUCGACCAUGUACAGGGCCAAUUUGACAAACCUUAAUCAAUUGAACAUUCAAGGAUCGUUACAGAUAAACGCGACCCAUUUAUUCAUGAAUAUAACAAAUUCUAGUCUAUUGAGUGUCUGCGGGCCGAUACGGAUAAUGUCAUCUGAUUUUUGCGCGAACCUUACAAACUUGACUCAGUUGAGCAUCUCUGGGCCGAUAGAGAUAAAUUCAGCCAGGUUUUUUGUGGAUCUUACCAACCUUACUCAGUUGAUGAUAUCUGGACCACUAGCGAUAACAUCAGACAAUGUGCAAGCGAAUUUUCCAAUGUUGAAAAAAUUACGCAUCAUCGGGCCAUUAGAAUUAAAUUCGAGUUCAAAGUUCUAUCUUACUUCGGUCGAAGGGAUAGAUUUGACUGUUAAAUGUCAUCAAGAUCUCAUUAUUUUAAAGCAAAAUGUACCAUCUGCAUUUCCGAAUCUCCGCACGUUCAAAUUUGCAGCUGACUUGGAUUUGGGGGAGUUCAGUUUUGAAGAGCUGCCUGAAAUGUGCUCAGACGUUUCUGUUCACGGUUCAGCGGCAAAGUACUUUGCAAAAUGUCGGAAUAUUUUCCGUUUGCAUAUCGAAGGUGGCAUGAUUGGUGCCGACUUGUUACCUGUUAGUCUGGUGGUGCUCAACCUCUCAAAUGCAAUAGUUGCGCCCCGAGACGUUCUGACGGAAACGGGCAUGAAUUUGGCAGAUUUCAUCAUCGGAACUCUUAAGAAAUGUCCCCGUCUCGAAUUGCUCCAAAUAUUCAACUGGACCCGCAAUGAAUUUGUAUAUCAAACAUCUGAUUAUCACAAACUUCUGGAACAAACUUUACAGCGCGUUGGCAUAGAUCGCUUGAGAGACCAUACUGUCAAACUUAUCAUAGAAAGACGCAGUGGACUCGCUCUUUACAGAAAGAGUCCAUUGGAAUUUGGCGGAACUGCGAUUCCUCUUGUGAAAGAAAUUAUAAGUAGAUGGACAGGAGAAAGCCAACUUGCUACAGCAGUUAAAAUGAUUGAAGAAGGGAGGUUCGAUCGAACACAAGGACAGAUCACAAGAACAAACAACUCGUGAGAUCAAACUGAGUGUCUACUCAUGAGAAUCAAACUGUUAGAUUUAAAAAGUAGGAAGAAAAUCCAACAGACAGAAUUAAUUAAAAAGAGCAUCUGCCUAUUAGAAAUUUUUU